AAUUAUGAUGACAUCGGAUCCAAAGUUAAUCAAAAAUAUUUUGAUCAAAGAUUUCAAUAUAUUUCGCAAUUCACGUCCAGAUUUGCUAACACCGAGCGAUCAUCCAAUCUAUCGGUUAGUUAUCGAUAAUACUGGCGACAAUUGUUGGCUACGUAUGCGAUCGGUUAUUAGGCAACAAUUGUUUACCGAUCAGAAACUUAGACAAAUGGUCGAAAAAAUUACCAACAAUUUAGUCGAUUUAACUAAUUGUUUGGACAACCGAUUGAUAGAUCAGUUGUCGUCGACAACGGUUGUCGACAUUAGACAAUUGUUUGUCAACCAAUCGAUUGAUUUGUGGUGUUUAGUAAUGUUUUCGUGGAAACAAAAUUCAUUCAAUGAUCCUGAAAAUAAAAUUACCAGGCUUAUAAAACGUUUAUUUUUGCCAUCAAAAUGGCGUAUAUUAGCCAGACUAUUGUUACCAAAAUUUAUGCUCAAAGUGCUCAAUAUGUCUAAYAUUAUGCCUACCGAAGCGCUCAACCUAUUCGCUAAACUAACAGUCGAUGAAUUAGAUAAACGACUAAAAACUUUUAACAGCACCACCGAUACAAACGCGGAUUUUUUUCAAUCGCUACUCAAUCGGUGUCCGGAAUUUAUCGGCAAAUCGGACAACAAAACAGUGGAACAGUCGGAUCAAUUGAUGAGCAUUGAUGAAGUGGUGGCCAAUAUGUUCUCAUUAUUUCAGGGWGGGUUUGACGGCCACCAACUGUCUAUGACAUUCAUUAUCUAUGAGUUGGCCGUCAAUCAGGAUUGUCAGCAAAAAGUCUACGACGAAAUUAUGACCUGUUGUCGGGWCAGUCGUACGACAAUUGGCGGCCAGUUGUUGUUGUUUGAUUGGGAAGCACUGGUCAAACUKGACUAUUUAGAUGCCUGUAUAGCGGAAGCAAUGAGACUGCACACACCGUUUACUAGAGACGGACGUAUAGCCAAUCAGGACUAUACAGAUGUGACAACCGGUGUUACCAUCAAAAAGGAUCAGGUAAUCCAGUUUUCACGUUCAACAGUACAACGCUGUGCCGAUUAUUAUCCAAUGGCCGACCAGUUCAUACCCGACCGGUUUGCCAGAGCAAACAAACACCGAUUGGUCGACUCGGCGUAUCUGCCGUUUGGUUUGGGCCGACGCAAGUGUCCCGGCUAUAGAUUCGGAUUGGUGGCCAUCAAAUUGACCAUGGCACAUUUGUUGAUGCGAUACAAGUUUUCUAUAGUUAAUAAUAAUAAUAACCAAACCGUAUUCAAAACCAAUCCGAUUGUCGAACACUAUACCUAUUGUCCAGAAAAGUUGUUAUUGAAUAUUGAAAAACGUAUCGUUAAUUAA